AUGUCUGACAAGAUGUCCAUCGACAAGAAAGACCCAUCGAAGGAUAAAUCGGACGACGAGUCCUUGGAGUCCAGCCCUGAAAACGAGCCUGGCCCUACAGCACCGCAGGAGAACCAACCAGCUAAACGCAAAGGUGGCCGCAAGCCUAUAUACGCAACCUCGGAAGAGAGGAAGCAAAGGAAUCGCCAGGCGCAGGCCGCGUUCCGUGAGCGACGAACAGAAUACAUCAAACAGCUCGAAGAAACGAUCAGAGUCCAUGAAUCGAAUCUGUCUAAUUUGCAGGCGGCUCAUCGAAGUGCUGCAGAUGAGUGCUUGAUGCUCCGGUACAAGAACUCACUCUUGGAACGAAUUCUUCUUGAGAAAGGUAUUGACGUCCAAGCUGAGCUUCGCGCCAAAACUGGCAGUCCAAAUCUUGGUCCAACUCAUAUGCCCCAGAAUAUGGUUCAACCACCACCUAUUCAGCGGGCCAUUUUGAGCAGACAUCAUCACGCACGCAGGUCUGCCUCCAGUAUCGCCCCGAAACUCGAACCUGGCGCCACGUCCUUGCCCCCUUCGAUGCAUGGCGUUCAGUCCACAUCAUCGCCUAAGACGAGACCGACCCCCCCUUCGCAUGCGGCUUCUCCUACUAACCCAAACCCCAACCACGGGUUUCGUCACUCAGCUGCCUCACCCACCACGUCAGAUCAUCCAGGCAUGCGCCCGGCGACUUCAGCCCCGUCGAUGAAGCCGCAAAUACCUACCAUGCUGGGACCGAUGGCGGCCGCUGCGGCACGACAAGGUAUCAUGCAACCCGGCAGUGGUGUCGGUGGAAACCGCGGCAAUGCUUACUACCCGACACCGUCGUUCCAGAAUCAUAUUGAGCAACUCGGCAAGCUGACCCGUUUUCUCACAGAACAGGAGUACGAUGCACCGAACGAUAUGAUCGACGAAGUCGAACCGGAUACGCCUGGUCCGGGUCCGUACCCAUCGGCCUUUCCCGGCGGACCGCAACAGCACGCUUUACAGAUGCAACAACCGGCAACCUCGGGAACUGCUGGACAGCAGAUGAUGGUCCAGAAUGAGCAGCCUGUCCAGACUCAGGGGCAAGGAUAUCCAUCUAUGACACAGCUGCUUGAUCCAGCGUUGGACUGGGACCCAUUCGGUCUCAGCGCCUCUAUGGCGUUUCCAACCCAAUUCUCCUUCGACACCAGUAACAUGCGAUAG